GACUAGUUGAUUCUCUGGACUGCUUUACUGAUCACGUAGCUGUUUGGUAUUACAUCCCAGAUAAAAGAAUUGGGCUAUUAUAUCCCGACCGCUUAGACUGCCCAGAAGGGUCUGUUCCGCUUGAAUGGUCGGUGCGGUGAGUGAGUGCCUCGUCGAGAGACAGCUCGUACUCGUGUCUGCUCUGCUCCUGGUUGGGGAGUGGAGGGAAACUGAUGCAUCACAAUUGAAUACCUAAAAAGGAACACAAAGGAUACCGUACAUUUGUGAUUGGAUGUGAGUCUACUUUGACCCUACAAAACUGAAUAUGAUGUUGCUAUGGAAACUGCUGGUGCUGCCAUCACUCACGAGGUGCCUUGCAGGAAGUGGUGUCCUGCAGAGCCCUGUAUUCACCAAGCAGCCCGGCAGCAUAGUAUUCCCUGUUGACUCCCUGGAAAAGAACCGGGAGGUGGUUUUCAGCUGUGAGGCCCAGGGAAGUCCACCUACUCUAUAUAGGUGGAAACUGAAUGGCACAGUAAUCCAUCCAAAAUCAGGCUCUCACUACAGCCUGUCUGGAGGAAAUCUCAGAAUAAGCCAGCUGAACAAAGACCAAGAUGCUGGAACAUAUCAGUGCCUCGCCACCAACUCUUUCGGGACCAUCGUCAGCCGAGAGGCCAGCCUAACCUUUUCAUACUUGGAAAAUUUCAAGAUGCACAGAAGAAGCUCUGUGUUAGUGCGUGAGGGACAGGGUGUGGUUCUCCUGUGUGGACCUCCAUCGCACUCUGGAGAUCUGACGUUUUCCUGGAUUUUUAAUGAGUACCCAUCAUUUGUGGAGCAGGACACACGCCGCUUCAUCUCCCAGGAGACAGGGAAUCUGUACAUCGCUAAAGUGGAACCUUCUGAUGUGGGAAACUACACCUGUGUGGUUACCAAUACUGUCACAAAGACCCGCGUGCAGGGCCCACCCACUCCACUAGUGCUACGCAGUGAUGGUGUGAUGGGUGAAUAUGAGCCAAAGAUUGAAGUUCAGUUUCCAGAAGUAGUCCAUGUAGCCAAGGGUUCUACUGUAAAGCUGGAGUGUUUUGCUCUUGGAAACCCGGCCCCCACUAUAAACUGGAGGAGAGUAGACGGAGUUCCCUUUUCCAGAAAAGUAGACGUGAGGAAAGCCAGCGGUGUCUUGGAAAUCCCGUAUUUCCAGCAGGAAGAUGCAGGAACAUAUGAGUGCGAGGCGGAAAACCCCAGGGGGAGGAACAGUGUGAGAGGAAAGCUCUCUUUCUACGCCCCUCCACACCUCAUUGAGAAACCCCAGGACGUGCAGAAGCCUAUUGACGACUCCUUGGUGUGGGAGUGUAAAGCAACCGGGAAACCCAAGCCCUCCUAUAGGUGGAUGAAGAAUGGAGAAAAUAUAGAGCCUGUUGAAGAGCGCGUGCAGGUUGGAAAUGGGGCAUUGUCAAUCAGUCGGUUGACCCUGGCGGACGUGGGGAUGUACCAGUGUGUGGCUGGAAACAAGCAUGGAGAAGUCUACUCAAAUGCAGAGCUCAGAGUAAUAGCUGUCGCCCCAGAUUUCUCUCACAGCCAGCUGAGGACUCAAACCCUGGUGAGGGAAGGAGGAGACCUGCUUAUCGAAUGCAGGCCCAAGAUGUCUCCUUGGGGUGUAAUCUCCUGGAAGAAGGGCAAUGAGGCUCUACAGGAGAGCAACAGGGUUACAAUUCUAAAAAAUGGAAACCUUCGAAUAUGGAAUGCAACCCAGCAGGAUGCUGGCCUCUUCACGUGUGUCGCUAGAAAUCAGUUUGGAGUGGCAACCAGUUCGGGGACUAUCAUUGUUAAAGAGCCCACCAUCAUAACAACACUCCCCUCCACCCUGGACGUCACCGUGGGAGAGAGCAUUGUCUUGCCGUGUCAGGUGUCUCAUGACCCGUCCCUGGAGCUCAAGUUCACCUGGUUCUUCAACGAGCAGCUGAUCCACUUUGGCAGCCACGGCGGAUAUUUUGAAAAAGUGGGCGGUCAGCAUUCAGCUGGAGACAUCAUGGUUCGAAACAUCCAACUACGACAUGCCGGAAAGUACACAUGUGCAGUGCAGACCAAAGUGGACAGCAUCUCCAUCGCUGCAGACCUGGUUGUCAGAGGGCCCCCAGGGCCCCCCACCAGCAUCCAUGUAGAAGAAAUCACUGAUACCACAGCCGCCCUCUCCUGGACGCCCGGCCCAGAUAAUCACAGUCCAAUUACCAGCUACACCAUCCAGGCCAGGACACCAUUCUCCUUGGGCUGGCAGGCUGUCACCACAGUUCCUGAGGUGGUGGGGGGCCGACGCCUGACAGCUACAGUAAUAGACCUGAACCCCUGGGUGGAAUAUGAGUUUAGAGUCCUGGCAAGCAACGCCGUUGGGACCGGAGAGCCUAGCAAGUCAUCCAAACAAGCAAGGACUAAAGAGACCUCUCCGAAGGUCACACCAGCCAAUGUGAGCGGAGGUGGUGGCAGCCGCUCUGAAUUAGUCAUCACUUGGGAGCCUGUUCCUGAAGAGCAGCAGAAUGGGGGAGGGUUUGGCUAUGUGGUGGCCUUCAGACCAUAUGGGGCCCCUGGCUGGAUGCAAGCUGCAGUGCCCUCUCCAGAGGCAUCCAAAUAUGUCUUCAAAAACGAGAGCAUCCAGCCCUACUCCCCCUUCCAGGUGAAGGUUGGAGUUUACAACAACGAAGGGGAAGGCCCAUUUGGACCCGUCACAACUAUCUAUUCUGCAGAGGAAGAACCUGGCCGAGCACCUACCAGAAUCCGUGCCAGGAGCUUGUCCGCCUCAGAGAUUGAGGUUUCAUGGAAAGCCCUGCCCUGGAACACCAGCAAGAGAAGAGUUCUCGGUUAUGAAUUGAGAUACUGGGAGACUCAAGAGAAGGAAGAGACAGCUAGCGUGCAGAGGACAGUGGGGAACCAGACAUCGGCCAUUAUUCGUGGGGUAAAAGGAAGCAGUGUGUAUUACGUCACAGUGAGGGCGUACAACACUGCUGGGGCGGGGCCUCCUAGCACCACUGUCAAUGUCACCACCAAGAAACCACCCCCCAGCCAGCCGCCGGUAAAAGUAAUGUGGAACACAUCGAAUUCCAAGAUAAUUCUGAACUGGGAGCAAGUCAAAGCCCUUGAGAACGAGUCUGAGGUCACCGGGUACAAGGUGCUCUACAAGCGGAAUAGACACAGCCGGCCUCGUGUCAUGGAAACCAACACCACUUCAGUAGAGCUCUCUCUGCCCAUUGAUGAGGAGUACAUCAUCCAGAUUAAACCAUUUGGAGAGGGAGGAGAGGGGAGCAGUAGCAGGCAGAUAACCAUUCCCAGAAUACCAGGUCCCAAUGCAAUUGGCUCGGCAUCCAAGGUUUCUACUCUAUCUGCCCUCAGUACAAUAGCACUGUCUUUCACAGCACGGACAUCGUUAUGACAAAGUGCUCCCAGCAAACAUUGCCUCUGAUGUGGAGUCGACGCAGCAGCAGAAAUACAGCUCAGUCUGGUGUAACUAUCUCCAUUCAUUUAGUUCUCAAGGCAGGCAGACAAGGCUGAAAAACAUGUUAUUGAAAUGAAAGGGAAUAGCCCGCUUCAGCACCCUGGCAAGAACAGGAAAUCGACCAAUGUCUUGACUCUGUUGUUACCAAAGCAGCUUUCAUUGAAAAAAUGUCUUUUAUGCAUCUUUUGUAUGUCUGGCUUUUAUAGAUUUUUGUUGAGCCAAGUGUAAUUGGUUUGGGCUUUUUCUAAAGGGCACGGGUGUAAAAGGUGUAAAUUGCAUGGCGAAAAUAUUGAGGUUCUUUUGACACUGAAACAUCAGAACAGGUGAAUCAUCAGAAGUAAAUUGCAGCUGGUUGUUUUGGAUCUGUGGAAAAGAAAGUCUGAAAUAUCUGUUGCUCAUAACAAACUUCAUAAAACAUUGCACUGAAGCUAUUUGUGUGACAUCAGUGAGAUUUAAAACACAAGCAGGUCCAUGUUUAAAGAAAAGCGGCACUCAACAAGGAGGUUAUAUGGUCCUUAUUGGGUUUGGAGUUGAUCUCCCACUGGUCCCUCUGCCUUGGCCACUGUUUUGAACUGGUGACUGGACCCCCACGGCUGUCGUAUCCCCUCUCACUCCCCAUCAUCCUUUCAGCAAGCCCUGUGUCUACUCUAGAGCUAUUCUUUGCCUUGUGUGUGCCUCAUCAUAUGUUCAAAAUCCUCAGGUCCUUAAAGAGCCUUAAACUGUAUAUGGAGAAAAAAGAACAUUAGAGACAUGUUGACUUAGUCUAUUGAGCAGCUGCUGUAUGUGUGCUCACCGCAUUAAUAGACAGGGUGUUGGGUGCAGAUAAGCUUGUUUAAUGCUAUGCUCAUUCCAUAUAAGGAUGUGUGUUUCCACAGCUUUUUGCUGUCAAGCAUGGUUGAGAAGUAACAUGUGACGCCUGAGACAUUGUUUUGGGUGUGCAUUCUUACAAAAGGUAAAUGCUGCUGAUAUUUUCCUUUCCCAUAGUCUUCAGAGCCGUGUGCGAUCGCUACAGCCCAUAUGUAGCUUGUAAUCCAGUGAAGUGCAGGUAGUUCGUAGUAAAAGGGAUGUGUAGACUAUUGGUUCUGACUUAGAAUCAUGCAUCAAAAUGUGUGAUACGUUUUUGUACACUCAAAAUCAUUUAUAUCAAAAGAGAACCUUUCUAAAGAGCCGAACUACUUGGUUUUUAUGUGAAAACUCAAAUAUUUCAUACAGUAAAUAAUUGUUGCUCAGCAUGACUAUUUCACCUCCUUUACUGUCCAUUUGCAAAGUGACCGAAUGGCUUGUCAACCUGUAAGAGAAAACAGGUCUGUCUAUCAGAUCCAAUAUGUCUACAUUCAUGUCUGUUAUUCUGUCAAAAACAGGUGUUUUCCUGUUCCCUCUGAGAUUUACUGGUCCUUCCGUCCAUAUACUCCACAUGAUGCCCCUUAUUUGUUUUGUUUUUUGCUGUUGUUGGUUGUUUAUAUACUGUGUUAAUAAAGUUUA